AUGUCAAAAAAAUUUUCAUUUUCCUCGACAGAGGACGAAGCUUUGAUUACACUUGUGGAAAAUAACAAAUGUAUUUACGAUAGUAGCCAUAAACAACAUAAAGACAAUUAUGUUAAGGAUAAUAUUUGGAAAAAUAUAUCCGGAGAAGUAGGAAGAUCAAUCGAUGACUGUAGAAAACGCUGGAAAAAUAUAAGAGACACGUACUUGAAACAGAAAAAGAAACUUCCGACAGGAUCAGCAGCUCCACAUAAAAAACCUCGAUAUACAAUGAAUUUAUCAUUUUUGGACACCGUUGAAUACGAAAGAAGUACUAUAACAAAUAUGGGCAUAAAUGAUGCUGAUACGUCAAAUGCGUCUACUACAGACGAAAUUGAACCUGAAGUCCAACAAAUCAUACAAAACGAUGAAGAACAAACAGAAAAUAUUGUGUCCGAUUUGCCAUCAAGUUCAUAUGCUGGAAAACGUAUUCGGUCAAAAGACGAUAAGAUUUCUGUCAUUUUAGCAAAACGAUCAAAGGAAACGAAGGAUACCAUACUAUGCAUUCAAGAACAAAAUAAACUGUUAGCUACAAGCAUGAAAAACCUGUGUGAAGAGGAUGAAAUUGAUAUAUUUUUUAAAAGUAUUGCAAUGACGGUUAAAAAAAUGCCACAGCAAGCGAUCAAAGAAGCAAAACUUAAGACACUUACGUUGAUCACUGAAAUAGAUGACAAAUAUUCAACUCGUCCAACACUACCGUAUCAAAUACCACCAGAUUAUAACAAUAUGUACCAACGCCAAUUGAGUUCACCAGCCAGCUCAUACAGUACCUCAACAUCAACAUCACAAGGGUUUUUGCCGUUCAACUAUGGUGACGAGUCUAAUGGUUAA